UUGAAAGCUAUGGCUACGUACCUGUGUUGGCAGCUGCCAGUGGCAUAAACACAGAGACGGUGGCAAAGGAACUUGUGGAGAGAAUAGAGCCCGAUCUGGCAACGGAUCUCGAAAACCAGUUCUCACCAGACACAAUAGAGAAAUCUUUGGAGCUGCCGCUUGAUGCAGCGGAGCUGGCCAGCCAAGCAACAAAGCUGCUUGAAGAGCAUGAUUUCACGAAGUGUUAAAUAAAAUAUCCGACGAUGCUUUCAGCGACUUCUUUGCAGAAGCAAAAAAUGGCGAGUAUGUGCCGAGCAAGGAGGAAACGGAGGAGUUGGAGAGAGCCUUGGCAGCCGUCUCCAAGGAUGUGUCCAUGGCACGCGAAUCCCUGGCCAAGCUUUCGGCCGCUGGUGCAGGACAGGGCGACGUUCCCGACUUGCCCGACCUGGUGGACGCCUUCCCAGACUUGCCUCUGAGCACAAGCGACAUCAACUCGCUCACUCAGGCACUCAUGGGUGGCGAGGCCCUGAGAACCGUGGCCCUGCUUUCUUCCGCCGACCAAGGUUUUACGCUGCUGGAACAGCCCACAUUCGUGCCCCAGCAACAGGCCGCCGCUGCGACUGCAGAUGCUGCGGCCAUUUCGGCGUCUACCGGUGGUUGGCUCCUGGGGACAUCGUCAGACUUUGCCACCUCCUCGCCUGCCACGACCCCCGAAGUGCCCACCCAGGGGUCCAACACUGCAGCAGUGUUGCCCAAACGUUCGGUGCUAGCGCAGGAGUCCGUGUCCUAGCGAUGAACCGAGACUCUCCGCCGCUUGCCCGGGCCCGAGGGUUCGCUCGAAGUGUUCUUUCCUCCGCGGUGGUCCAACAAGUGCA